CAGAAGAAAGUCAAAAUUCUGGUCAAAAAUUAAAUUCUCGUUGGAAAUAUAAAUUUUACGUGUUUUCAACCAAAAUUUUCAGUGAAAUAUACCUACUAUAAAUCAUUGCUACUAAAACUGUUAACUGUUAAGCAUAAAUAUUCUAAACUUACCUACAAUAAGAAAUUAUGUCACACUAUCUCAAAAUACCAACUGUAAUCCAGAGUUCAAUAGAUGCUCAUAAAAAAUGGAUGCAGCUGUUAAACGAGGCGGAACACCUAGUAGCCGAGGAUGCAGACCUUCAGAGUAAAGCCGCCAAAGGGUUAUGCUUGAAACAGCGCAACGUACCGCCUGAAAUUCUCGGCCGCCUGUACGCACAGUACUGUGACGUCAUCAACAGGAUGUACGACUCCUACCUCAGCAGCGUACAUUUGCAACGGGCGCCCUACAUCCUUGACAUUGUCACUGUGAUUUGGAAACGAUUAUACGAGCUCCGUAAAGAGCUAGUACACAUCAUAGUAAACGACUAUAUUUACGUGGACGGAGCACUUUUCAUGUUGAAGAAGACACCGUACGAUAUUCAGAUUGUAAUUCCAUACCAUUUCCCCUUGGAAAGCCGCUCUGAAGGUAUGGAACAACUUCUGCAGACCAUGUGGGCAGAGGCUGAGAGACGGAAAAACGAACCAGAGUUGGACCAAACAAAUAGUCAACUGUUGGAAGAAGAUUACUUACACUCCAAGACCGAACGUUCCACGUUUAAAUCUGUAGCACAAGUACCUUUACAAAUGGAAAGCGAGUCAACAAUUAUAGCUGAAGAGUUCAUACAAGCUACCAUCAUCCAGAAACAUGAAAGAUACAGAAAAUUCUUCAUAGAAGACUUCAAGGCCAAAUGUCGAAGAAGAAAACUAUAUUUUACGGAGAAAAGAGAAAAAGAAGCUUCUGAAAAGAUUAUGAUAUGGGCUGCUUUGUUGAUUCAAAGAGUUUACAGAAGUUACAUGAGAUCAAAGAGAGAAAAGGUGUUGAAUUACAAAAGGGAUGUGCUUUUGGGAAUUUUACCAGAUCCAGCCCGAAAAGGACUGGACUUAGAAGAGGCAAAUAAUAAGCUAUAUGAGAGAAGACGUAAGAUAAGAAAGGACAUGAAAGAAAAAUAUAUGAAAGAAAUGGAAAGAGAGAAAAGUAGAUUGAUACUUUUGACGAAGGAUAAUCAAAUCGACGAUAUAACGGAACAUGUCAUGGAGUGGUUCAAGGAAUGGUAUGAAGGCUACGGGUUCUUCCCCCAGUUCCCUUACGAGACAGAGGGCGGUACUGUGAUGGUGAUAAGAGAAGAUUAUCCCUAUAUCGAGGAGAAGAUAGAAGAAGACGAGAAGUUAGCGCAACUCAUGAAGGGGAAGACUAAAGAAAUGUUGAAACAAGAGCAGAAGGCAGCCUUGGAAGAGGCCAAAAUGAGGGAAGAACUAGCCAAGGAGCAGAAGUUAAAGGAGGCAGAAAUGCUGUUCAAGCAGCGUUGCAACCCGCUCGCGGACCCCGGCUACAAGCCACAGCAGUCGCAACAUACGGGCAGUAUAUCAGAGGCUCUCCAAAAAUAUCGCGCAGCCUGGUCAAUCCACGACAGGUUUCCCGACUGGAGUCCAAGCACAGUGUACGGGUACUUGCAGUCUGUACUGACUGAGGAGCUGAUGAGCCAGCUCCAUGUGGAGUGCAGGAGAUAUGUCGACGAACUUAUGAGGUUGGAUUUAAAACUGCUGAUCAAAAUGCAGCAAUUAAUGUACAAGAGAAUUGGGCUGAAGUUUCCAAAACUGAAACCGAGGAAAAUGCCAGCAGUAAAACUGCCAUCAAAACCUUUAGAUAUUACUGAUAGAAUGCUGCAGAAUAUACAGAUUGUGUUUGACUUGAACAUUAUUUCCAAGCCCACCGCCAAGAUAAAGGACAUUUUUGGAGAUCUGAACUACAAAGCGUACGAGCAGAACAUUGCAGAUCCUAACGCAAAAUUUCCACCACCAGCCUACGGAGAUAUCAGACGUCGUUUGACCCUUUCGUGCGUGUUCGGGUCGGGCAUCGAACCUGGUGCCGUCCGCAACAAAUCCGUGAUGCUGCUUGGACCUGAAAGACAUGGGAAAUCCUUUAUGGUCGAUGCUGUAUGUGGGGAACUGAAUGCAGUAAAAAUUGAUAUAAGUCCAGAAGUUACCAGCGCAGUUGUCUCCAGGCCGGCGAAGGUUCUAUCUGAAGUGCUCGUGGCGGCAAGGAUGUUCCAACCAGCUGUCAUCUACAUGAGGAACGUGGAAAGAGUUUUUCUUAAAAAGGUACCUCCGGAAAACAGAUAUCUAAAAGCAAAGAAAUUGAAGCGUCCUCUGACCAAACUUUUAAAACAAAUGUCAGCCGAUGAUAAAAUAAUAUUUAUUGCAACAUGUUCAAAUCCCUUCGGCGCUAGAAGAAAACCAAUGUUAGCGCUGUUCAGUGAAGUGCUGUUAGUGCCAACAACGGACUACGCCAGUUUGCACGGCUUCUUUUUUGAGAAGUUCCAAAGAAUCAGAAGCAUGCCACGCGACUACUGCGUGUCGGCUCUGGCGCAAGUGUUGCAGGGGUAUGGUUUCGGAGUUAUACUGGAGUUGUUCGACAAAAUCAUGACCCCCGAAAGGAUUGUAAGAUUAAAUGUAACACCCCUCUCGCAGUUGGAAUUUCUCGAGUCGUUGAUUGAAGCGGGAAUUGAAGCUAUUACUUCUGAGGAAUAUCAAGAAUAUACAGACUUCUUCAUUGCAAACUCUCCGCUUAGUAAAGAAAGGGAUGAAUACGACGUGAUCAAUAAGUACAGGGCUUCCAUAUACGAAAAAAUAUAUAAGGAUGAGCAGAAGAAACUAAAUGCAUGAAAAUACCUACUAAAAAUUUUAGGUUCACAAAUAAAACUAUG